AUGAUCCUCUUGUCGUAUCUCCUCACUUAUCUCCUCUGUGCUCUCACCUGCAGUGCCAGAGCUAUACAUAAUGGCAGAUCCCUAGUUCCCAGAGCAGGAUCUCUCGAAAAAGUCACUGACUUCGGUGACAACCCUAGCAAUGUUGGGAUGUACAUCUACGUGCCCACAAACCUAGCUCCCAAUCCUGCAAUAAUAGUUGCAAUCCACUACUGCACAGGAACCGCCCAAGCAUACUACCAAGGCUCCCCUUACGCCCAACAAGCCGAAACACACGGCUUCAUCGUCAUUUACCCCGAAAGCCCCUACGAAGGAACAUGCUGGGACGUCAGCUCUCAAGCAACGCUCACGCACAACGGCGGCGGAAACAGCAACUCCAUUGCCAACAUGGUAACCUGGACGACCAAGCAGUAUAACGCAGAUGCAAGCAAGGUGUUCGUAACGGGCACUAGCUCUGGCGCCAUGAUGACCAAUGUAAUGGCAGCAACAUACCCCGAGCUCUUCGCCGCCGGAAUCGCCUACGCCGGCGUCCCAGCCGGCUGCUUCCUCUCAACAGCCGACCAACCCGACGCCUGGAACUCGACCUGUUCUCAGGGCCAAUCUAUCACGACCCCCGAGCACUGGGCUAGUAUUGCCGAAGCCAUGUACCCCGGUUACAGUGGCUCGCGGCCCAAGAUGCAGAUCUACCACGGUAGUGUUGAUGCCACCUUGUACCCCCAGAACUACAAUGAGACGUGUAAGCAAUGGGCAGGCGUCUUCGGGUAUGACUAUGAUGCUCCCGAAUCGACUGAACCGAAUACACCGGAGGCGAACUGGAGCAGGACCACUUGGGGACCGAAUGUUCAGGGGAUUUUAGCGGGAGGUGUUGGACAUAAUAUACAGAUUCAUGGGGAUGAGGAUAUGAAAUGGUUUGGGUUUACGAGUUAG